CAAAACAGCGGAUUGGAUUGGUGGUGGUGGGGCGGCCAAAAAGGCCAGGGCAGAAAAGAGAAGGACCAGCCCUCAACCGUGUCGUCUGGUUUUGUUUGGUGCCGCAACUUUCCUCUUACUUCACGCUCUUCGGCGUGUACCGAUUCAGAUUUUGUUUUUGACUGUGUUAGCAAUUAAAUCAAAAUGAGUCGACCACAUGAUGGGCAGUGGACCUUUUUUCCCUUUGGAAAUCCUUUUCGGAUUAUACUUCCUAAAGGAUCUUAUUUGUCGCCAAAGCUUCUUGCCUUGCUGAAUAUUUUUGAGCAAACCUUGGCAGAAAGUUUAAAAAGGCUCAAGCCUGAAGAUGCUUCGGAUGUCCUUAGUUUAUCUUGGAUGAGCCGUGCAAUGGAGUCAUUAUCUGAGGCCCACGCUAACAUUAAAACAUUAAUAACUGAUCUUCAGUUUCCCGUUUCUGACUGGGAUGAGAAGUGGAUUGACAUUUACUUGGACUGCAGUGUGAAGUUGCUUGAUAUUUGCAUCGCGUUUAGCUCUGAGCUCUCCCAGCUGGAUCAAGGGCAACUCUUGCUACGAUAUGCCUUGCAUGUUUUAGACCCCUCAAGCAGUUGUCCUUCAUCUGAACAACUCAAACGGGCCAAUGCAUGUCUUCAUGAUUCGGUGAAGCAAUUCAACUCGAAGAGUCCCAAGUUUGAAAACUGUUUUUCCAUCUUACAAGGUCUUUUGCGAACUCUUGAUUUCACAAAGGUCAAGAACUCUGCCAAAGGGAAGGUAUUGAUGAGAGCCUUGUAUGGAGUGAAGGUUAUGACCAUAUUUAUUUGCAGCGUCUUCACAGCAGCAUUGUCAGGUUGCUCUACACCAUUGAUGGACAUGAAUGUUUCUGACAAGUUCUUGUGGGCUGAGGCUUUCAGUGACUUGCAAGCUGUUGUGAAUGAGGAAGUUAGGAGUCAAUUUUCAAGUGGAAAGAUUACAAUGUUGAAAGAACUGGAGGCUGUCGAAAAAUGUGCAGAGAGAUUGCAUGCUUUGACUAGUUGUGUUAGCCACAAGUAUGAGACUUUAGUGCAAAGCUGUUGCCAGAAAGAAGAAGAAUUACUGCAAAGUGAUGGUAUUAGACAUCAGGAAGUAGGCACACUGGUGAAAAGUGUGGACCAGGAAGAAAGCGAAGGACUCCAGGAGUCUGUUUCAAGUAUGGCUGAAGAAGCAGAGAGGUUUGCCAAUGGGCUUGAUCUUCUGUCAAAGCAAGUGAGGGACUUCUUCCAGAUUGUUCUGACCGGACGUGAUGCUUUGCUUUCUAACCUUAGAGGAUCUGAUGUAACAGGAGAAAGUAGUGUAGAUGAGGUCAGGUCAUGAAGUGGUCAGAUUCUCCUGAAGAUCGCAUGUGAUAUUGUUCAUGAGAUAUGGAAAAGAGAAUGUAAGGUUAAUGUUUGUCAUGUAUGAUGUAGUAUCUCUUAUUUUAUGUGAUAUAACAAUGUUAUAAAGAUGGCAAGGUUAUUUACAUCUAUUUUCUGGGUU